GUCAACCAUACUUGUAUGGCCUUCAAAGAAAUGGAGUUGUACUCUAUGGUUUCCUUGGCCACCCUUUGUACUAGGUCACAUGGUCAUAAGAGUGAUGUCAUAAAGCUCUGUUCCGUGAGGCUCCAAGACGUCUUAAACAUCACGGAGGAGUUGUCAGCCAUAGGUGUAAAUCAGCCAUUCCAACCUCAAGUUCUCUGUUACCCACCAAAAAUGGAAGCCUCAAGCUGUUACGAUACAGACCUUCUGAAGAGCGAAAAUGAGAACCUGUUGGAGCAGAACAAACUUCUGAGGAAGAAGCUUUACCUGCUGCAGGAGAACAUACAUCUGAAGAACCUUCUGGGGCAGUCAAGUCCCAAACAGGAGGAGACCCAGCCCUGCGGCCUGACCACCAAACACCAGGAGGAAGAGAACAAUACCAAUGAAUCCACACCUUACAUGGACACCAUGGAUAGCCCUAUGGAUGGCAACGGACUCACCGAUGGCUGUAGAUACCAAACAGAUGAGUCCACACAGUAUGGGGAUUUAGAGAAGAUCAAAGAAUGUGGUGCACACUUUCCCCAAAAUUCCCAACAGCUCCAUCUCAUGCAACGUAUCAUCGGGGAAAUUGCCUUUCAGCUUGACCGGAGGAUUCUUACAUGUAUCUUUCCCGAUCAAGGACGACUGUAUGGGGUCACUGUGGCCAACAUCCCGCAGAAGAUAAUCGAGGCAUCUACUGACUGUAUCACAGGAAGGGUGGAUGAGAAGAAGCAGGCUGAGAUGAUGCAGAGGUAUGUGGAUACGAUGAGCACCCUGCAGGAGUGUGGAUAUGACACAGCCCUUCACCCAGCCUUCUCCGAGAACGUUGUCAAUGUCUAUGGAAUCAUGAAGGAAUAUCCACCCGCAGGCUCUCCGGAAAUCAGUAGCUUAUGUGACCUAGAUAACCUGAAGAAGAUCGCUUACUCCACUGUGCCAUCCUCACACCUGGACCAUAUCCUCAUUCUGCUGAAGUGUUUGUCUAAGCUAUCCACGAGUGAUGGAAAGCCAAUACUGCUGCUUUAAGAACAGAAGGAACAUCUGCUCUAUGAUUUAUUGUAGCAGUAUAUACCAACUAAUAAAGGUCUGCAACAGUG